CGUUUUCAUCAGCGAGUGAAGCGCCACAGAAGCUGUUCCCACUUGGUGAUCAAUCUCAGUUAAUUAAUUAGUUCGGUGGUGUCCAGGGGACAAUUGCUCACAAACCGAUAAAAAAAAGGGUCAAAAGAGGGUGCAUCACAGCCUGACGUUUAUCGAUGAUUCAUCAAGAUAAUCGAUCUCAUAUUCCCAGUUAGAUGUUGAUUAAUAAGAUUUUACUGAUGUAGAAGAGAUGUCGAUCAUUAAUAUAAAAUUAUCAAAAUUUGAUAAUACACCAUGGGGCUUUCGACUGGUGGGGGGAAGUGAUUUUCCCCAGCCACUGACUGUCAUAAGGGUAGCAGAGGGAAGUCUUGCGGAAUGUAUGGGUCUGAGAGUUGGAGAUGUUGUAGUACGACUCAAUGAUGAUCCAGUGAGCAAAUUGACUCACGGCGAAGCUCACGAGACACUUGUACAAGCUGGAAAUAAUUUCACUCUCGUCGUCCACAGAGGCGAAGAGGCCCGACAAGUGGCUGAGGCUAUUCAGGAGGAAAAUAUUGUACCUUAUAAACCUAUCGAUGAAGUUAAAGCGUUGAAAGCACUUGUUGAAGACUUGAGAGAUCCUGAGGAAUUGCCACCCCUGGAUGGACCAUCUCUGGAGGACAGAUCUGAUGACGAAGAGGAGAUAAAGUGGGAAACACCUAAAAUACAAGAGGAUAAACCUAAAAUCGAGGAAAUAAAAGAGCCAUCGCCACCGCCAACUCGUCGAGAUCCAAACAUUGAACCGGUGCCAAAUAAAAAUCUAACUGAAGAAGAAAUAGCUGAGUUGAUUAUCGAAGAGGAAGAGUUACUCGAGGUUGAGGACAAAGCAGUUCUUGGAGUGAAUUUCAAUAAAAUUCGUCCACGCGCUCCGAUUUUACGCGAGUCAAAAGUCCUGGAGGAGCUGCAAAAAAUCGCAAUCGAAGAGCCCCCGAGGGUCCAAGAGCUGAAGCAUCAGACGACAUUUCUGCAAAAGCCAGAGAGACCAAUUCCAGCUCCAAAGAAGAAAGAGGAACCGCAAGAUCAAGCAGAGGGAUAUCGCGUUAUAAUAAAAAAGCAACCGAAGAAGAGUGUUACCGAGAAAUUAGCGCAACGUGGUCUACUAAAAACUCCAGAACCCCAUUAUCUUCAGGAGGAGGUGAUUCCCCCAGGAACACCAGAUACCCGUGAAAUGUCUAGACCCGAGUCGUCAGCCUCUGGUCCCAGAAUCGUGGAAAUACCGAUUGAAGUCGAGGGUCGGCCUUCGUCGAAGACCUCGAGUCAUCCUCGCAGUGAUGGCCCAAGUGAUGACGAGAGAUGUCCAUCUCGUUGCGAAAGUCAUCGGGAGGCCACGCCGGAGCCAGAGUUAGAGCCCGUGCCUGUGCCUGUGCCUGUGCCUGAGCCUGAGCCACAGCUGGCGCCAAUUUUUGAUAAAGAGAAGGUCAAGGCCCUUGUCUCAACGGAGAUCAAUUUGGAGAAGCAAUUGGAGAGCGUUCAGAAUCAAUUGUUGGCGUUAAAACAACUUCCCAGUGAAAUAGAAAAUCAUCUGAGAAUUGUCUCGGAACAAUUGCACAGAAUUAUGGAACUCAGUGGAGUGCAGAGUAGUGAGAACAGCUCACGGAGGGGUUCUUCAGACGAGAAGAUGGAGAAAUGUGCGCAGGAGGAGGAGAGGGUGAGUCCUGAGGCUUGCAAGGAUGAAGAUGAGGAUCAUCUUCGAGUUUCAGAAUCCGAGGUGUCAAGGUCAUCACCAGCGACUGUUAUCAGUGAGCCACCAUCUAUUAUCGAGCCUCAAUCAGAAAUGGAACAAGUGGGAGAGUCCGAAACGAGUGAAAUGGAAGUGACCCUCAAGGAUGAUGAGCACAGGGUGAAGAAAUACAUUGCUUCAUACGAGACAAAGAUGUUCAGAUCUCGUGAUCCCAGUCCUGCUCCGUCACACGGAAGUUACGAACCAGAUCCAAACAUGUCACCGAAAGACCAAGUUAUACAGGAAUUGAAGCACAGGGGAGGAAGAAAGCGAUCGCACGAUCUCUGGCCCCAGGCUAAACAGCUGGAGCUCACGUAUGGACGAAGAUGGAGGUGUCCAAAUGAUUUCUUCAAUGAUGAAAUGAUAGCUGAGGUAUUGUCGGGACAGGCGGAAGUCAUACGCGGCAAAGCACUUGGGGUUAAUUUCAAAAAAUACGAGAAAGCCUGGCUACCGAAUUACGAUCACUUAAUGAACUCGAGUGUAUACAAGAUGCUGCAUAAGAUGGAGCGUGAGCCAAAAACUGGAAUUCCUGCUCGGCCACCCAAGGUCGUAGCUGCUGAAGACAUACUCGAGAGAGUUAAAACACCGGCCUGAGACAACAGAUGGAUCACUACUGAAUCAAUUAAUUCGUGAUUAAA